CCCGCUCUACGCCAUCAUGUCCUCCGAUUUGCCGGGCCGCUCUGUUGGGCGCAUAUCAUCUUCGCCUCAAACCGUGGAACGCUCAUGGAACUCGGCAUCUCCCCAUCGUCACCUCUGUUAUGAUCAUGCAACUCCUCUCCGGUGCCAACUUGCAAUUGACCGAGGUGGACUUUUACAUAGCUCAAUGAGGAUAGUGCGGUGCUCAGAAACUAUUCACCAUGGUCAUAUCUCUUGGACAAGCAACCGUCUACGCGCUCACCGGUCUUCACCGGCAAUCCCGCGAUAUCGGCGCCGGCGUCUGUCUCCUCCUCAUUAUCCAACUCGUCGCCGCCGCCCUAAUCGUCAUCCUCAUCGACAAACUCCUCCAAAAGGAACGCGGUCCCUCCUCUCUUCAUGGCCACCAGCAUCUGCGAGUUGGUCGUCUGAAUGGCCCUCUCACCCACAACCAUCCACACCGGCCGCGGUCCCGAAUUUGAGGGUGCCGUCGUCAACCUCUUCCACCUCCUCUUCACGUAGAACAAUGCAGGACGCGCGUUAAGCGUAACCCUUUGGAUGGAGAACUCGCCGAAUGUGGAGAACCUGAUUACGAUGGUCGUCCCUUUCGCUGUGGACGUCUAUUUGCAAGGUUUAGGUUGGAGAUUCCGGUGAAGAGUAAUAGGUUCAGAGGGAAGCGAGUCGUAUCCCGUCAAGCUGAUUUUUUUGCAAAUGCUUGCCUCUCGUUUCCGGGACAGCCUCCUCGUCUCUUCCCUUCUCCUCUCUUUCUCGUCAUCGCACUUGCUCGCCCCUUACACACCUCCUCUGUCCAGCCCAUGUAAGAUCCGCCCCAGCUCGCCGCUGUCUCCGAUAUCGGG